GCUCGUACUUCCUGUAAUCGCUUACACACGUGUGCUUCCAAACUCUGCUCAGGUUGUCGCUUCUUACGGUCUGUAAAUAACAUAUGUAUUGAUUAUUUGUGGUCACACAGUMAUAUAAUUUUGACAAUAUGUCGACAAGUGAGAAAAUAACACCAAACGAAGGACUGAGCGCCGAAGAGGACGAGUUGCCUCCACCCAUUGUGACUCGGACUCGUAGCGGGCGCAGAGUACGGACCCCAGCUGUGUAUCUUGACUCUGAAGUACCGAAGACUCCAACACGCCGAACAAGGAAAUCUGUAAUUCAAGAGUUACCGAAUGAGAACGCAGAGAACCAGACGGAACCCGAACCAGAGGUUGUAGUCGUGGAACCAGUUGCCGACGAGACUCGUGCGAAAAAACUUCCAAGCAGCGAGUCCAAAUCAAAUGCAUUGGCAACAGCUGAAGCAUGUCCAAAACUGGUCAAAUCAGACACACCUGUAGGGAAAUCAUUAGGUGCAGUUAUUCCAGCUGUGUCACAUCAUUGCAACGAGAAGGAAAACAAGGUUGGUCCCGUACCAAUGGAGACUGUUCCGCACCGCCCAAAUAAAACGGCCAAAAAGAGGACUCGUUCAGAGUCAAAUGAGAAACUUGACGUGAUACCUUUGGGUAAACCGAAAUCCGGACGGGUAUGGAAGGACCGCAACAAGCAAAGGUUCUCGGCUGUUGUAAGAGAUAAGCAACUGUGCUCCUCCUGGGAGAAGAAGAUGGAGGCCAAGCGAGAGAAGGAGCUGGUGAAGAAAUAUUCCCUGCAACUGAAGGAGGACAAGGCCAGGGAGAAAGAGGAAAAGAGGAAGAGGCAUGAGGAGAAUUUGAAAAGGCGAGCUGAGAACGAGAGGAAGGGGGAGGUUGUGCAAGUGAUCCGGAACACAGCAAAGAUCAAGAGGAUGAAGAAGAAACAGCUGAGGAAGAUUGAGAAGAGGGACACACUUGCUAUGCUACAGAAAUCACAGCCCAGGAACCCAAAAGCUGCACGGAAAGGUGGCAAAGGGGACAAGUAGAGGGAGUGCACUUGGUUGACUGAUGGGACGUUCAGAUCUACAGCUGURUUGAGAACUACCCUCUAGGCACUUCAUGUAGAUAUGAGAGAACCAGUCAGAAAAGGGGCUUGCUCUGUCCGCUCCACGCAUSGACCCGGUAUUGCAGUUCCUCCAGGAUGAAGGCAUUUGAUCUUUCCCUCAAUAGCCUAGGUGGAAUUUUCACCAUAUUGCUUAAUCCAAUCCUUUUCAGAUCUACACAGUGCCUAGGGGGUAGGGCCAACAUGGCUAUGCUAGCUGUGUGUGAGGCUGCUGGAACUGGAGAGCAUGAGCAGCAAACCCUUUCAAAACAAAUAACCGUCUGUGGAGCAUAGCAGAUGCAAAAAGUGACAUGGGCUGGAAGAAUUCUUUACUUGAACUCUUACUAUGUUUACUGUCGUGUAAUGCAAUGUUCCAUUAAACAAAGCAAAUUGUUAUACCA